UUAAAGAACCAAUUUGUAGCGUUUUUCAGGUGACAGUGGAAACUAAUGUUUGAAAUGUUUACUUACAUAAAGAAACAAGUCUGGGAAGCUCUACUUUCAGCUACGUUAGCUCGACGCUGGAAGGCGUGGUGAGCGGGCUGCACUGGCCGGGCUGAGGCCACGCCCUCGACUAGGGCGACGUCGCGCGCAGGUGCAUCUGACUCACCUGCCUCUUCGAGUUGUACUCCGUCGGCUGGAUGUGCUGGCAUACCGAUUCCACUGUUCUGGUAUUAGAAUGGGACAAGUGCAAGAUCGGGAGCCUGUACAACAAGAGCGAAAAACUGACGCAGUGUGUGAUGUAUUCGGGCAGGGUAUCGCGUACGCCGCGCAGAAACUGAAAGAAUACCUGGGCUUCGAGGACCCACAGAGUAAACUUCAACCCAGCACGGACACUCUGAACGAAAUCUUUCUCGUGAAUUUCAUCACUUUCUGUGUCGAGAAGGGCGUCGAGGAGCACAUCACCACAAGCAAGAUGACAAAGCAGCAGUCUCUGUUGUUUGGGGUCGACUGGAUCUGGACCCUUUUUGGACCGGAUAAGAGCGUCAGGCUGCAGUUCACGGUGCAGACGACUCAGUUGUCCGAUUCGGCGCUGAAGGAAAACGCGCAGCCGCCCGCGCUUCCUCCUGCCACAAACGACCGGACGCCAACGAGCGUCGAGGACGCACUUUUCCGCGACAAGGGCAAAGUUGAGAAACUCGAGGAGUUUUGUUCCUUGAUUGGGGAGGACUGCGUGGGACUCUUUAUAGCGUAUGGUCUCCCAGGUAAACCAAGAGAAAUGAGAGGGGCACUUUUGGAGAGCAUCCGUAAAUAUCGGCGGAAAAAGGCAAGUACGGACGAGAGCGCGGUGCGAGACUACUUCAUGAACACGGACACCUUCCUGUCCACACUGGAGAUGCUGGAACGCUGCUUGAACCAGAAAAGCGGGCGCAGGGACAUUGGAAAUGUGUACAUUAGUUUCAUUUGACGAGCGUAGGAAGGAAGGAAACAGUUUCUGGCAUCGUUUAGCUUUUUCUAGUUGUUAAGUGGUGAUAUAUGAGAUGUCUGUAGGAUUAUCGAACUUUUGGGGCAUAAUUUCCAAUGCUGCCCUUUAAGGAUUCUCGGACGUAUUACGCCAAACGAACUUGGGGUUCACUAAAUAAAAACAAAAGACAAUGAAUGACAAAGAAAUGUUAGUGACAAGCUUUGAGAGUUGCCAAGUUAACCACAGAAUUGGGGCAUCCAUAGGACUGUCACCAUUCAGUACAGUAUUUGAAAUACUGAACACAAUAUGUUGACAUUUCUGAGGAUAUUUAAUCACUGUUUAAUCAUCUGUCAAUAGAACCACUGUUUUCGGAAUUGCCUUUGCCGGUAUUAAGCGCCCUAUUUAUUUUUGGCAAUGAUUCUCCAGUUCCAGCCUUAGUCAUUCAGAGACCUGUGGCUAAAGAUUUCUGUUUCAAUCAGUUCUCAGUGUAAUUUCUUUUUUUAAAGUGGAUGUACUGAGAAACAAUUCAUACAUAUGCAUGUAAAUAAUGAAUGUGUGUGUAUAUAAUAGAAAUGGAAUGUUUACUUUAUUCAGAUUUUGUUUGACAGUCUUAAAUGUUUAGUUAAGAAGUUCCAGGCUUAUGAGUACACAAGUGGAAGUAUAACCAAAGAAGCUUUCUUUCUUGUAAAUGUUUAUUUUAUUUUCAAAAGGAGAACAUUACCAUGGCUCACUAUUCGAUCAAACAACUAAUAGUAACUUAACCAAUACAAACCAUUUACAUCACAAUCAGAACUUAGAAAACAAGAGGAAAAAUAGAAAUACAAAGUUAAUAAAAAGGUAAAACAGGAUUCACCCCCACCUAAAAAGAACCUGAACCAUUUUAAUGAUCUUCCUCAGUUGGUACUAUAUGGAUAUAAAUAAAGCAGCCACUUUUUCAAGGGACUACCACAUUUAAAAAAAGAAAAUGAACAUUAAUCAGUAACGUUUAUUUGAAAGUAGUUGAUCUUUUGUUUUAGAAAUAUGCUGUAAUAAAAUAUGUCACUGAAGGCAUCCUUCAUAUGCAGUACUCUGAACCACUGGCCGGAAGGAAGGACCUCAAACUUCAUUCCUGAGGGACUUUAAAAGUUUCAGACAUUUGUUUUAAAUAAUAUCUUUUUGAACUGUGAAUUCCUUCUGCUAAUGGAACUUCAGAUUUACUUAUCAAGAAUGUAUUUUUCACUUUUCUAUGAAAUUCAGACAGACAACCUUUUUUAUAACCUAUUGCUGAUGAGGUGUUUAUACAGUUUCAUGCAGGGAAAAUGGCAAAUGUGACAGCAGAUUUUAAAUGUUUACAUUUUGACCAAAUUGUGUAACUUGUUUUUUUUUUCUAUGAACCUGUUAGGUUUAGUUUUGUCUUCUUCCAGAAUUUAACUUCAGAUUUGCACUGUUCUGACAGUGUGUGUGCAUAUGUUAUGUUUGCAUGUAUUUAUAGAAUUUUUUUUUUUUUUGGUUUUGCUUUACAUAUUUCUACUACUGAUAGUUUCAGUGACAUACCCUGUUUGAAAUAAACACAAUUUAAAGUAAAUGCAGUGAUAGGGAUUCAGCUGACGCGCAUUAAGGCCUUAACCAUUAGGCCUUGCCAUAUUUACUCUCCUUGGUUGUGGCAAAAGCUCACAUUUCUAUGAUGUAAGUCAUUUGUGAUGAUCAUUCACCAGUGUGAGUAAAACAUAUUAAUUGACGUUUUCAUGCAUGCCACCAGUGACUGCCUAUCAAAAAUUCACUGCUUUCUAAGGAAACAUUCAAGAAAACAUAACCUGAAAGUACUAAAAAUGAGCAAUGACUUCAAAAGGAGAAAUCCCAUAGUAACCUUUAUUUAGUGAUUUUACUGUGUUCAGGCUGCAGGUUUACUCAAAUCACUUUUCUUCAGACAGGCAGGUUACAGCCACACCUACACUACAUUCUUUGUUUAGACUUUUUUUUUUAUUUGCUCACUUUCUGUUUGAGAGAGUGGCUUAUGGUUGUUGCUUUAGCUCUAGAUGUCUAAAGUUCACAUUUUGUAUGGGAUUUAAAAAUCACUCCAUUUUUAUGUGGGUUCUCUCAGGUUUCUCCAAAAGAUGUGGGGCCAUUUAUUAUUUCAAAUUAAAAGUGAUCCAAUAUGAGCUAUGGUAGUUUUGUGAGUGAAUGUGUCCUGUAUCAGACUGGUGUCCCUGUCACUAUUCAUGUCUGUUUUGUCCUUGACUUUACUAGCAGGCUCCAGUGUGCACCUUUCUGCUCAUUAAAAUAAGUUGUUCUGUAAAAUAAACUAAUGCUAUUUAAGAAUGAAAGCUUAAUUCUUUUUACCACUAGAUAAAUUUCAAUAAGAUGUCAAACAAUCAUGAACACCAGCAAAACUUGUAGACUGAUGCUAUUUGCGCUUGCGUGUUGAUAAUAAAAUAUCUGCUCUGAUCAAAUAAAAGAAUAAAGCUUGACACUUACUAAAC